CCCGUCCGGGAGCACCGCCUCUCGCGGCAGCUGGAACUCGGCGGCUCGGGACCUCGGCAGCCCUGGGCCCAGGCCGGACUGCGGCCAUGGCGUCGGCGGCUGUGGAGAGCUUCGUGACCAAGCAGUUGGACCUGCUGGAGCUCGAGAGGGACGCGGAGGUCGAGGAGCGCAGGUCCUGGCAGGAAAAUGUCCCUCUGAAAGAACUCCAGAGCCGAGGCGUCUGCUUGCUGAAGCUGCAGGUAUCCAGCCAGCGGACCGGGUUGUACGGACGGUUGCUGGUCACCUUUGAGCCCCGGAGAUGCAUGUCUGCAGCUGUGCUUCCCAGUAACAGCUUUACUUCCGGUGACAUAGUGGGUCUGUAUGAGGAAGGCAGUCAGCUGGCCACUGGGAUCCUGACCCAGAUCACCCAGAAAUUGGUCACCGUGGCCUUUGACGAGUCCCAUGAUUUCCAGUUGAGUUUGGACCGAGAGCAUUCCUACAGGCUGUUAAAACUUGCCAACGACAUCACUUAUAAGCGACUGAAAAAAACUCUGAUUUCCCUAAAGAAGUACCAUUCUGGCCCCGCGUCCUCGCUCACAGAGGUCCUCUUCGGUGGAUCAGAGCCCAGCCCUGCCAGUGAGAUACCCCCCCUGACUUUCUACAACACCACUCUGGACGCCUCCCAGCAGGAAGCGGUCUGGUUUGCGCUGUCCCAGAAGGAACUCGCCAUCAUCCAUGGGCCUCCCGGCACCGGGAAGACCACCACUGUGGUUGAAAUCAUUCUCCAAGCUGUGAAACAGGGCUCAAAGGAGACACCUGUGUUCACGCUUUGGUGCAAACCACCUUUGGCCACCUGGAUGGGGUGGGGACUCUCCUCUCCUCCUCCCCUUCCCACUCCACCCCCUCCUAAGAGCCAGGCUGCAGUUCUGGAAGCAAGAUUGAGCUCGUUCAGAAAGGUUCUGUGCUGCGCCCCCUCUAACAUCGCCGUGGACAACCUGGUGGAGCAGCUGGCCCGGUGGAAGCAGAGGCCCCUGCGCCUCGGGCACCCCGCGCGGCUCCUGGAGUCUGUCCAGCAGCAUUCCCUGGACGCGGUCUUGGCGCGGGGUGACGGCACCCGGAUUGUGGCUGACGUCAGGAAAGACAUCGACCAGGUCUUGGCAAAAAGCAAAAAGACCCAGGAUAAAAGAGAAAAAAGCAAUUUUCGAAGGGAAAUCAAGCUGUUAAGGAAGGAGCUGAAGGAGAGGGAGGAAGCAGCCAUGCUGGAGAGCCUGGUGGCGGCCAACGUGGUCCUUGCGACAAACACAGGUGCCUCUUCGGACGGCCCCCUGAAGCUGCUGCCAGACGGCCACUUCGACAUGGUGGUCAUUGACGAGUGUGCCCAGGCCCUGGAGGCCAGCUGCUGGAUCCCCCUGCUGAAGGCCAGGAAAUGCGUCCUGGCCGGAGACCACAAACAGCUGCCCCCCACCAUCAUCUCUCACAAGGCCGCGCUGGCGGGGCUGUCGCUGAGCCUGAUGGAGCGCCUGGCGGAAGGGCAUGGCGCCAGGUCGGUACGGAUGCUGAGCGUGCAGUACCGCAUGCACCAGGCCAUCGCGCGCUGGGCCUCGGAGGCCCUGUACCAUGGACAGCUCACGACCCACCCUUCUGUGGCCGGACAUCUCCUGCGGGACCUCCCGGGAGUGGCCGCCACGGAGGAGACGGGUGUCGCCCUGCUGCUGGUGGACACGGCCGGCUGCGGGCUGCUUGAGCUGGAGGACACGGAUGAGCAGUCUAAGGGGAACCCCGGUGAAGUGCGUCUCGUCGGUCUGCACGUCCAGGCGCUGGUGGACGCCGGUGUCCAGGCCGGCGACAUUGCUGUCAUCACGCCGUACAACCUGCAGGUGGACCUGCUCAGACAGAGCCUCACGCCCAGGCACCCAGAGCUCGAGAUUAAGUCGGUCGACGGCUUCCAGGGCCGAGAGAAGGAGGCUGUGAUCCUGUCCUUCGUCAGAUCCAACAGGAAAGGUGAGGUCGGCUUCCUCGCCGAGGACCGGCGCAUCAAUGUGGCCAUCACCCGCGCCCGGCGGCACGUGGCCGUCGUCUGCGAUUCCCGCACCGUCAACAGCCACGCCUUCCUGAAGACCCUGCUGGACUACUUCACGGAACGCGGGGAGGUGCGCACAGCCUUUGAGUAUCUCGACGACAUCGUUCCUGAAAACUACUCCCGUGAGGGUGCCCAGGGCCCUGGCCAGGCCGGCGCGAAGCCCCGCGGCUCUGCCGCGACGGCCAGGAGGGCUCCCGGGAGCAGGCGGCCCACAGGGCCCGUGCUGGAUCGGAAGAAGCCGGGCACGGCGCCUUUGUCCUCCGAGGCCCAGCCUCAGCCCAUCCUCAACGGAGGCGGCUGGCAGGGGGCCAGGAGCAGAGACGGCGCAGAGCAAUUCAGGGCCGUGAUAACGGAGUUUGUGGCGAGUGAGAAGACACAGCUAGAGUUCCCUGCCUCCCUGGAUUCACAGGACAGGAUGUGGGUCCAUCAGAUCGCGGAAGAGUACGGGCUGAGGCAUGAAAGUGCCGGAGAGGGGAAGGAACGGUUCAUCACCGUGAGCAAGAGGGUCCCACUGGCCCCUGUGGCUCCAGCACCCCCAGCAGGGCCUGGCAGCAAAGCCCCUCUGUGUCCAGAGCCCCCCAGCCCAGCGCAGACAGAGCCCCCCAGCCCAGCGCAGACAGAGCCCCCCAUCGGGGAGCAGAGCAGCCGGGGCCAGCCAGACCUGAAGGCUCUGCACUUGGACAGACUGCAGAGGGCGGGGAGCCAGCAGGAGCAGCAGGCCAGGGAGGGGCCGCGGGCCACGGGCUCCGGGUCGCGGAAGUUACCAGAAAAGAAAAAGAAGAAAGAGGCAGAAGGACCCAUGGCCAUAGAUCUGCCCGCCGGGGAGGACUUUGACGCCCUGGUCUCGGCCGCCAUCAAGGCUGACAACACUUGCAGCCUCGCCAAGUGCUCAGCCAGCAUCGUAACCCUGGGCCAGCUCUGUCUGCACUGCGGCCGCCGUUACUGCCUCAGCCACCACCUGCCCGAGAUCCACGGCUGCGGGGAGAGGGCUCGCGCCCACGCGCGGCAGAGGAUUAGCCGGGAAGGGGUCCUCUAUGCCGGCAGUGGGACCAAGGACAGGUCCCUGGACCCUGCCAAGAGGGCCCAGCUGCAGAGGCGGCUGGACCAGAAGCUGGACCAGCUGACCGGCCAGCGGAGGGGCAAGAGGAAGGAGAAGGGGAAGUGAGGCUGGGAACCCCACCGUCUGCACCGCCUCUGUGUCUGAAGCUGUGGCUGCCGGUGAGCGGGCUGCCCCCGGCGUCUUUCCGUCCCCGGCGGCAGCUCCCGGUGACAGGGCCACGGGCGGAGCCACGCCGUCUCCCCGGCGACGGGCGAGGUGGCUGCGGGGAGCGCGGGGCGGAG